AUGUCUGGGAAAAGUGUCAAGUCUGGAGCCAAAAACUCUGCUAAGAAGGGUGCUGAUGUCGAUGUUGAAGAUCGGUUGCAGGCGGUCAUUUUGACAGAUUCUUUUGAGACUAGAUUCAUGCCUCUAACCGCGGUGAAACCGCGUUGUUUAUUGCCAUUGUCGAAUGUGCCACUUAUCGAAUAUACCUUGGAAUUUCUGGCAACGGCCGGUGUCAGUGAGGUCUAUUUGAUUUGCUCAUCACACGCGAACCAAGUAGACGCAUACAUGGAAAAAUCGAAAUGGAAUCUUCCAUGGUCUCCUUUUAAGGUAUCCACGAUCAUGUUUCCAGAGGCGCGCUCUGUUGGUGAUGUUAUGAGAGAUUUGGAUAAUCGUGGUAUUAUUACUGGUGAUUUCAUAUUGAUUAGUGGUGAUGUUGUCACAAAUGUCGAUUUCAAUAAUAAAUUGCUAGAGUUCCAUAAAAAAAUGCACGCUCAAGACAAGGAUCACAUUGCUACAAUGUGUUUAAGCAAAGCUAGUCAAUACCACAAGACGAGAACGUUUGAACCGGCGGCCUUCAUUUUAGAGAAGAACACGGGUAGAUGUAUUUACUACCAAGAUUUACCAUUGAUCAGUUCGAAGCAAAAAACAUCUGUGGAAAUUGACCCAGAGUUGCUAGACGAUGUCGAUGAAUUUGUCAUUAGGAAUGAUCUGAUUGACUGUAGAAUUGACAUUUGCACGCCGCAUGUGCCACCGAUCUUUCAGGAGAAUUUCGAUUACGAGAGCUUGAGAACUGAUUUUGUCAGGGGUGUUAUAUCCAGCGAUAUUUUGGGUAAGCAUAUCUAUGCGUAUAUUACUGAUGAAUAUGCUGUUAGAGUGGAAAGUUGGCAGACAUAUGACACCAUUUCUGAGGAUUUCUUGGGGAGAUGGUGCUACCCAUUGGUUCUAGAUUCUAACAUGCAAAAUGGUCAAACAUAUUCGUAUGAAUCGAGACACAUAUAUAAGGAAGACAACGUUGUCCUGGCUCAGUCCUGUAAGAUUGGAAAAUGUACUGCUAUUGGAUCUGGUACGAGGAUUGGUGAAGGGACACUGAUUGAGAAUUCUGUUAUCGGAAGGAACUGUCAAAUUGGGGAGAAUAUCACCAUUAGAAAUAGUUUUAUUUGGGAGGAUGUGGUGAUAGAAAAUGGAAAUACAAUUGACCAUUCCAUUGUUGCCUCCAAUUCCAGGCUGGGUGAGGGAGUAAAACUUGAGGAUGGUUGUAUUAUCGGCUUCAACGUGGUUAUCGAGUCAGGCAAGAGUAUUCCGAAGGGCACUAAGAUCUCGGCAACACCAGUCAGGAACAGGACUUCAUCCUCCUUUGAUCUCAACUACGAAAGUGAAGAUAAUGGUAGCGCUAGUGAGACAUACUUCGAAACGAAAUCUACUGGUAUGCAUUUGGCGGUAGAUCUAGUGGGUGAGAACGGUGUUGGGUACGUGUACGACAGUGACGUUUCAGAUGAUGAGGACGAGUCUACAGAUACUUACAGGGUAUCGAAUUGCCUGACACGCCAAAUCGAGGACCUGUAUUUGAGCGACACGUCCAUCUCUUCCGGCACGAAGCGCACGAAGAAGAAGAGAACAAUGUCUGCCAGCAGCAUGCAUACAGAUAGAGAAGAUUUCAACUCUGAAUUUGAAGACGAUGAGGACGAAGAUUUUGAAAAGGAGGGCAUUGCUACCGUGGAGAGAGCGCUAGAAAACAACCAUGAUUUAGAUACUACUAUGUUGGAGCUGAAUACUCUGAGAAUGAGUAUGAACGUUUCAUACCACGAGGUAAGGGUUGCCACAGUUAUCGCGUUGCUAAAGAGGGUGUAUCAUUUCAUUACUACUCAAACAUUGGGUCCCAAGGAUGCCGCCGUAAAAGUCUUCACUCAAUGGGGGCCCCUGUUCAGAAGGCAAACUUUUGAUGAGGAAGAGUACAUUGACUUGCUGGACAUUGUUAUGGAUAAAGUUGUUGCCGAAGCCUUCGCAAAACACGAUUUGAUCCUGUUCACUGUUUUGAACACUUUGUACGACAUUGAUGUUUUGGAUGAAGAGCUCGUCUACAAGUGGUGGGAUAAGAGCAGCACCGAUCCUAAAUAUGACGAGGUGAAGGCUCUGGUGGGCAAGUGGGUUGAUUGGUUGAAAACCGCUGACGAAGAAUCAUCGGAUGAUGACGAGGGCGAUGACGAAGAAGAUUAA